AGCCUUCGACGAUUUAAAUUUCAAAAGAAAGCACCAAUUUAUUUUUUGCGAUUGCUGUGGCGCCUCUAUGAUGUUCAGCCAAGAAGAGCAAGUAUCUGCUGUGGACCAGCAGCGGCCAGAGGAUGCUGACAUCGAAGAGGACCGUGUUCGGCAAAGCGAGUAUGUCAACAUGAACGUCGUGGAACUCCAUAAGAUUCUCCGACGGUUCGAUGCUGACGGCGUGCACGGCCCCGUCACGGCUGACGGCACCCCGCUGCCUGCCGCGUGUCUGCCACCAGAAACAGUCGACGCCCUUCUGAGCUACCUGACACUGCAAGAAGAGGAUAUCCAGCAGCUGUAUGCACGUGCGCGUCUUUUAGAUGAGCAGCGCACGCGUGACACAGAUCGCGCGGAGGUGCUGACGGAGAAAACCGAGAAGCUGAAGAACGCCGUUGCGGCGAUGUCGGCGAAGAGUUCCGCGGAUAUGCGUGAGUUCCACAAUCAUUUACAGCAAAGCGCGAGUGAGGCGAAGCAGCGCCAGCGUGAACUCGUAGACCUCACUCGCAAACGCGAGAAGCUAGAGCUCGAGGUGAAGCGAACACAGAUGGAAGCAGAUCGAUUGCGCAAGAUCGCAAAGCGGGUGAAAUGA